AUGUCCAUGUUCAGACCAGCUGGAGAGAUAUCCUCAUCGGAGUCUGAUUCUCAAUCAGAAACAGACUCGAAUCCCAGCAAUGGAGGACAAGAUGAAAUGAGUAGAUCAAGUGAACGAUCGAGAAAGAAGCUAGAGUCGGAAGGAUGGGACGCGUCAAGUUCACUUGAGGAUGUCUCGGCGCUAUCCCAGGGCGCUAUGGAGACCAAUAUAGAUCACCAUGCAAAUGUCAUGACAGCUGCAUUACUUGAGUUUUACUGUCAGAGUCGAGCUAUCGAUAUCCUCAAUGCCCAGCAUGGCUCCAGCCAAAACUUCACCCGUCACAGCCCUGAGGUGCAAUACCUGGGAAAGCAGUUAUACAAAUUCAAAUCGCAAUUCUUGUCAUCGCAUGGUGUCAUGGCAGAAGGCAUUGAAAACGAAGAGUUGGGUCCCACGAGACAACAAUACCGAGACAAUCUCGACUUACUAGGUAUUACCGCCCUUGAGAAGAUCGAUUUGAAUUCGAGUAUGCGCUCACCCAUUGAGGGUCGUGAUGAGCUCGCGCUGGUUUCAAGACCGCCGCUCAACCAUCAGGAAGGAGGCGAACAUACCAAUCGAUUUUGGCGAACAGAAGGAGAUAAUUUGCAACUUCCACCCAUCGAUCGUAUUGAUGGCCUUGGAGGGAUUCCCAGCAUUCCAAGAAAUCUAUCAACCCCAUCGAUACCCUUGUUUGGAAGCUCUCCAGUCAGCGUCCCGUUAUUCAGCGGACCUGCUGGUCCACCAUAUAACCACAUGUCGCGGUAUUCCGUCGAAUUCAGUGAACUCAAGAUUCUGGGCCGGGGAUCAUUCGGCGAGGUUUAUCAGGUCAAAAAUCACAUCGAUGGCCAGGAAUACGCCGUGAAGAAAAUACCGCUCAGUCAGCGAAGACUUGAGCAGUUACAGUUUGGAGGUCAGAACCAGUUAGAGAGCAUCAUGAAGGAGAUUCGAACACUUGCUCGCCUGGAGCAUUCGAAUAUCGUUCGAUACUAUGGCGCUUGGGUUGAACAGGCACAUAUCUCGAGCAAUGUGCCAUUCCAACCAAAGCCCCAGCCAAGAUACGAGCCCUCAGCCAUUCAUGAGCCCAGCUUUGGUGGAACCAAUGAACCAAGCAUGGGCAUCAUCUUUGAACACUCUGAAAAUUCCACUAUGGGGUCACACAUGAGCUCUGUGCCCGAUGAGCAUGGUUUCAACGACAGAAUUGAACGAUUGAAUAGCCAUGCAACAUCGUCCUCCCGUCACACUAGAAACGGUUCAAAUGUUGAGUUGGAGGAUGACGAUGAAAUCGAAUCUGUACCUCGAAAUUUCGACAACCCUUCCUAUGGACAGACAUCCUCGUUCGGGGAGACUGAUGAUAUUUUCACGGAUGGCCUAAGUCAAGAUCACUCGAAGAUGGUACAACGCCGCUACGGACCCGGUCACCAGCCGCCAGCUGUCAUUCUCCAUAUCCAGAUGUCGCUCCACCCGAUUUCUCUGAACGCCUAUCUCAAUCCACAAUCGCCCGAAAGGAGCAGCAAGACCGGAACCCUGUCCAGGCGGCAUUGCUUCCAUCUGGUACCAUCUUUGCGACUUAUCCUAGACAUUGUCUCCGGAGUCGAAUAUCUCCACUCAAAAGGGAUCGUACACCGCGAUCUGAAACCUGCCAACAUUUUCCUUUGUGCCCCCGAGAGUUAUGCUCUAGAGAGCUGCUCAAAAUGUUGCUCUGGUGGCGAGCCUCUGACCCACUACUGCCGUCCUCGAAUUGGUGAUUUUGGCCUCGUCGCGGAUGUUUCGCGUCUGAAUGAAGGCUCUGCAGAUGGGGUGGUGACUCCUUUCCGCGAAGGCCCCCAAAUACAGCGUGUUGUUGGGACUGAGUUCUAUAGACCCCCUACCAAUACCAGUCCAUCAAGUUCGGAAGCUGGAUACUCGGACGAAUAUAGGAUUGACGAAAAGCUUGAUGUGUAUGCACUUGGAGUCAUUCUAUUCGAGCUUCUCUACCAGCUCAACACCAAAAUGCAGCGGCAGAUGGUCUUGAACGAUCUGACUCGCGGAUCAGUCGCUCUACCCGAAGACUUUUCUUGCAAGAUUGAUCAUGGUGAGACGAAGCUGGGCACCGGAGAGCUCGUGGCUGAUUCCCUGAUCACUUGCAUCAAAGGAAUGUUGACGACACAAUCACAGCUGCGGUGGACUUGUCAGGAUGUGAAGGAGCAUUUGCGUCGGAUAUAUAAAUCCGUCAAGAAACUAGAUCAGGGGAGCGGAUAG